AUGUCUUCGAGUCGCAGCACACGGCCGUUCACACCUUUUAUUCUACUCGGCGGCACCAUUGUCGGAUUCUGUGCAAUAACAUACCUCUUCUUGAGCUUCAGCGACACACAUUUCGUACAUAUAUUCUCUAGCAAACAGCAUCGAGCACGCGAAUGGUCUCCAAUCCCCAGAUACGUCAGUCUUGAGCAGUCAACUCAGGUAUUCAACGGCUCCUUUCAGCAAAAGACAAUAUACCGGCAACCGCCGAGUCCAGAGACCGAUCAAGCCUGGCACGACCUUGGAAUUAUGUAUGGGCCUGUAUUGAUUGCCGAGGACGACGCAUCCACGUUUGGGAUUUCGCAAGAUCAUUAUUCAGUCUCAGAUGGCCAGAGUAGUCACGCCUAUCCGGCGCAUGUUGAGGUUCUGCAUCAACUACACUGCCUGAACCUGCUUCGAAAGUCUCUCUUCUUCAACGCGGAUUAUUACCGACAGCAACAGCAUGAGGAAUUUGUCAACGAAGGCGAGAUCUUGGAGACGCACAUCACCCACUGUCUCGACAUUAUCCGCCAACGCUUGAUGUGCACCGCAGAUGUCGGACUUGUGCCAUACUUCCCAGUAAUCCACGCAGAUGGUCGACAUUCGACCACACCGGACUUCUCAAGACCACACAGCUGCCGCAAUUUUGACGCCAUCCGGCGGUGGGGAGAAGAGCACAAGCACGACGAGUUGGGGCACCAAGAGCAUGGCUAG